GGAUUAGCGGUGAUAAGAAUCUUAAAUCUUCCAGGCCCUCUUUUUUGAUAGAGUACAAACCUGGCCGUCAUUACGUAAUAUUUAUGGCCAUUUUCCAGAAUUACCUCUAUAGCUCAUGGCAUUAUUUUGAGCUUGGGUCUACCUUAAAUUAUCGGAAUGUGGAACGUAAUUGCCGACCUACGGACGGCAGUCAUCGCUGGCGUGGCUGCCGUCCUGUUUCUCCUGUGGCUGGCCCAUCGACAGCCCAGAAACAUUCCCCCUGGACCGAGGGGUUGGCCGCUACUGGGCUACUUGCCCAGACUCAUCUUGAGUGACGACCCUCCCGUCACCCUCGCCAAGGAGGCCCAACGGUACGGGGAGGUGAUGAGCGUCAACCUCGCUGGUCAGUUGGUCGUGGUGUUGACCAGUCCUAGAGCUGUGAAGGAGGCAUUCUACAAUCCUUAUGUCAGUGCCAGGCCAUACAGUAAUCUAUAUCACACGUUGGUGCCCAACGGCAAAGGUGUUGCAACAUGCUCUGGUCAGGAUUGGUCUGUGCAAAGAAAGUUCUGCCAGUCAAUGUUUAACAGUUUCGGCAUCGGGAAAUCAAGUUUCGAAGACAGCAUCGCUACGGAAGCAGCAAGUCUUGUCAAGGAGAUGCGAUCUUACAAGGAGCGUCCCUUCAACCCAACCGCCCUUUUCUGCAAUGCUGUCUCAAAUAUCACAUGUUCGGUGGCCUUCGGUAAGCGAUUCGAGUACUCGGAUUUAAGAUUUCAGAAGGUGAUGGCCUCCUUGAUCCGUGCGUUUGAAGUGACGGGCUCUGGAGGGGCUGUGCAGUUCUUACCCAUCACUCAGAAGCUGACGUUUCUCCCCAGCUACAAGGAGCUCUUGAGCUGCGUUGGCUCAAUGAUGGAGUUCAUCCGAGGAGAAGUUGAGGCCCAUCAUCGAGACUUUGACCCGGAUAAUUGCUUGGAUUUCAUCGAUACCUACCUGAACAAGAUCCGGAGUCAGAGUGGUGCUGAUGCUACAUCUCCGCUCAAUCCAGACAACUUACUCGUCACGAUUUUUGAGCUGUUCUUGGCUGGGUCGGAGACUACCUCUUGCAGUCUCAGAUGGGCCUUGCUGCUCAUGAUGGCUCAUCCUGAAGUCCAGGCUGAGGUGCAGCAAGAGCUCGAUGACGUCGUUGGUCGGAACCGUCUACCGCGUCUCAGCGACCGUCCAACUUUGCCUUACACGGAGUCCACUAUACUGGAGAUACUUCGCGUGGGGGUCAUAUCACCACUCCCUGUGCCUCACCGCGCAUCGAAACAAACGCAGAUUCUCGGCUACCACAUCCCAAAAGAUACGUUAGUCAUGGAGAACAUGUGGGCUCUCUGCAGAAAUGAAAGUGUCUGGAAAGAUGCAGACACGUUUGACCCCAGUCGAUUCAUGAAGGAUGGCAAAGUCUCGUCCCUUCGAGAGGAACUUCCGGUCUUCGGUAUCGGUCGUCGGGCAUGUUUCGGGGAGAAGUUGGCGCGGAUGGAGUUGUUCAUCUUCUUCUCUUUCCUCCUGCAUCAGUUCACCUUCAAGAAACCCGAGGGGACCCCGCCCAUCUCCCUCAAGUCUACCAAUGGUAUUACUGUGGCCCCACUACCUUACCAGACCUGUGCGGUGUUACGAGACUAGAUCAGCAAUGCAACCAUUUUAAAAUACAGUAUUAAUUCUUCGAUUCAAAAUCUGUCAACAAUUUUAAAGUUUUGCUGGCGGAUAUCAUACAGUGUGAGUAAAAAGUAUUUUAAAAAAAAUCGAAAUCCAGCUGUCGGGACUGUUGUUUUAGUGAAUUGGGCUUCCAUAUCCUAGAUUUUGAUAGUGCUACACACGCAGAACUUCACUUAAACGAUAGUCCCGACAUUUGGUUUUCGUUAAUUUGUUUUUACUCACUUGUUUCUUUUUUUGGCAUAAACCCUAUGUUUUUUUCUUAAAUUUCGGUAGAGAAAAACUUAUAAAAUGAAUUGAAAAUGCAGAGAACAAUA